CUGCCAUUCCGCGUGCGCACGCAACAUUGCGUGUUAGCCAGGGCUGGUGGUGACCCAAGAUGGCGGCGCCCUGUGCGUUCGAGCCGUGGCUGGAGGGCCGUCUGGCGGCACUGGGGUUAGAUGGGGACGUGUACGGCGGAUAUAUACGAGGUGUGCUGCGGGAGGCCGAGUGCGACGCAGAGCGGCUGGAAGGACUGGCAGGGGCGCUGGCAGCGGGGGAAUCGGAUGAAGAUGUACUAGAAGAUGCUUGCAGGGAAAUAAUCAAAAGGUGGUCAGAGGCCCAAAAUGCUGGAAGUAGUGAGAAAAAAGAAGAUGAGAUCCAGGCUAUUGCUAACAUCAUUGAAAAGCAGGCACAGAUUGUGGUGAAACCGAAAGAAGUCUCUAAGGAGGAGACACUACAGAAAGCUGCCCUCCUGGCACAGUAUGCUGAGGUGACAGAUGAUGAGGAUGAAGCAGAUGUGCAAGAGGAUCCUGGGGCGGCAGCAGUGACCAUCAGCUCUGAAAAAUUUUUGUUCAGAAACACAAACCUGGAAAAUGUUAUGAAUGCCCGGAAGCUAGAAAGAGAGCAUUUGCGGGAUGAAUCGCAUCGGAAGAAAGAGCAAGACAAGCUCCAGCGGGAGAAGGACAAGUUGACUAAGCAAGAACGUAAGGAGAAAGAGAAGAAAAGGACACAGAAAGGCGAGAGGAAGCUGUAGCCCGGAACUACUGCUGGACUCCUCUCUUCGCUUCCUCCCCUACCCCACUCUGUUAUCUAGUAUAUGGCACAGCAUGCACACACACACACCAGAGCGCUCAGAAGAAGGAACUCUUUUGGACACUUUGGGGGGGGGUUUGCUUUCAGAGCAGAAAAUCUAUCCUAGGCAAGGAUUGGGGGGAGAGGUUAAAGGAAAUUCUCUGAAGCACUGAAAUAAAGCGAUGUACACACACAUUUUGUUGCCCAUAUUGUUGGGCUCAGUGGUCGUGGCCAACAUCUGUAACCAAAGAACUGGGUGGUGGCUGUCUUUUUCCCCUUGUUGCUUUCUAUUUUCAUUAGCUGCUUAAGGAAGAAACUGUAAGGUUGAGGCAAAGGUUUGGGAACACCUCUGUAUUCACUCUAGCCAAAGUUUGGUUUUGGUUGGUGGAACUGUGAGCAAAAUCCACUUUCCCUCAUAUGUAAGCCAGGGAGAGGGAAAAACCCCUUAUGAAGUUGAAUUAAGAGCCUGGUGGCCCACCUGUAAUCUUCUGCAGCCAAAUGUGACCUAAAGUUUUUUUCUUCUCAUUUGGGGCUGGGCUAGUAGAUCUCUGUGUAAACAUCCGCAAGGUUGUAUUUUUGCCAUCUAAGUAAAGUUCUGUGAAUUUAAUUAGCA